UAAAUUUUAAAUGUUUGAAUUUUACAGAUCUAAAGACAAUGUAUGGGUAAAGAAUGGAUGAAGCAGACUAUUAUAGAGAGAGCGAUCUGCUUCUUUCAGAGCAUAUGGAUGCUUCCUUGAAUAACUCCAAUCUUAGGCGUGACGGGGCCAAUGGGGACGUGGAGGGACGUCACAGCGUGGUCAGCACUGAUGAUGAAAUGUUGGACAUCAGGACAGAUGCACUGGAGCAUUGGCAUGAUUCUGACGAGGAAGAACUUUCAAAAAAUCUAAGCACAAGUUCCUCUAACCUUAUGGACACACUGGAUGACCUGCCUCCAGGGAUUGGUCAAUAUGAAGAUUUCCACACCAUUGAUUGGCUGCGGGACAUUGCCAGAGACCGCAUGCGACACCGGCACAUCAUCAAAAAGAAAAAUGAUGGAGUUUGGGAGAAGAUAAAGAGUGCUCAUGAUGCCUGGUCAGGCUGGGUCUGUGUUCUUUUAGUUGGGGUUGCUGCAGGUCUUUGUGCUGGUAUUAUUGACAUCGGUGCCACAUGGAUGUCAGAUCUGAAGGAAGGAAUCUGUGCUGAGGCUUUCUGGUUAAACAGGGAGCAGUGCUGCUGGUCUGUUAGUAAAACAGAAGUGGAUGAAUACUGUCAACAGUGGAAGACAUGGUCUGAGAUUUUUGGAGGUAGUAGAUCUGGGGCUGGGUCCUAUGUCACUACCUAUCUCCUCUAUGUAGUGUGGGCCAUUGUGUUCUCAAUGCUAGCUGCCAUGUUUGUUCGGGUGUUUGCUCCAUAUGCCUGUGGAUCCGGUAUCCCCGAGAUUAAAACAAUUUUAAGUGGGUUCAUCAUUAGGGGCUACCUUGGGAAAUGGACCCUCCUUACAAAAUCUGUUGGUAUGAUGUUAGCAGUAUCAGCGGGCCUCAGUCUAGGGAAGGAGGGACCAUUUGUUCAUGUUGCCUGCUGUUGUGGGAAUAUAUUCUCAUAUUUGUUUCCAAAGUAUGGUUCUAAUGAAGCCAAAAAGAGAGAGAUUUUAUCAGCUGCUUCAGCUGCUGGGGUCAGUGUGGCUUUUGGGGCCCCCAUAGGGGGAGUUUUAUUUAGCUUGGAAGAGGUGAGCUACUAUUUUCCUCUGAAGACAUUAUGGCGGUCCUUCUUCUGUGCUUUGGCUGCUGCAUUUGUUCUUAGGUCUAUCAAUCCCUUCGGGAAUGACCAUCUAGUCAUGUUUUAUGUGGAAUACAAUGAACCAUGGUACAUACAGGAGUUAAUCCCCUUUGUACUCAUUGGUGUAUUAGGGGGUUUAUAUGGAAGCUUUUUUAUUAAAGCAAAUAUUGCUUGGUGCAGAUACAGAAAAAACACAAAAUUAGGAAAUUAUCCUAUAGUAGAGGUUUUAGUUGUGACAUUUAUCACAGCCCUCCUGAGUUACCCAAACCAAUAUACAAGGUUGAACACCAGUGAGUUGAUCAAGAUGUUGGUAGGACGCUGUGGACCUGAAGAUGACACAGAUCUCUGUGACUACAAGAGAAAUUAUAGUUCACACCAGCUGAAUGAGACUUCAUUAAAAACAAUGACCUCCAGCACAGAGAUUGGAGACGGUGUAGAAAAAGCUCUGUGGAUGUUAGCUCUGGCCCUCAUUUUUAAGGGAAUUAUCACUAUAUUUACCUUUGGAAUUAAGAUUCCAUCUGGACUGUUUAUACCUAGCAUGGCAGUGGGUGCUAUCAUGGGAAGAAUGAUUGGAAUAGGUUUUGAACAAAUUGUGGUUGCAAACCACGACAAUCCAUUCUUUGAGAACAUGUGCGAGUCCAAACAGUUCUGUAGGAUUACUCCUGGCCUGUAUGCCAUGGUGGGGGCAGCAGCCGCCCUAGGCGGAGUCACUCGGAUGACAGUGUCCCUAGUGGUGAUCAUGUUUGAGUUGACGGGAGGACUUCAGUAUAUCGUCCCUCUCAUGGUUGCUACCAUGACCAGCAAAUGGGUAGGAGAUGCCCUGGGAAAAGAAGGAAUUUACGAUGCCCACAUACAGCUCAAUGGCUACCCCUUCCUGGACAGCAAGGAGGAAUUUACACACACUACCCUCGCUUCUGAUGUCAUGAGGCCAAGAUCUGCGCGCUAUGGAUCGGUAGUGAGAAAUGAUCCCCCUUUGAGUGUGAUAACACAGGAUUCAAUGACUGUGGAAGAAGUGGAACAUGUUCUAAAGAGUGCAUCUCACAAUGGGUUCCCAGUGGUAGUAUCUCAUGAAUCUCAAUAUCUCGUGGGCUUUGUUCUCAGGAGGGAUCUUAGUCUCGCAAUAUCCAAUGCCCUGAAGCUACAGGAUGGUGUUGUUUACAAUUCAAUCGUCUACUUCACCAAUCAAGUUCCUGAUAACCCUAAUGACCCCGCCCCUUUGAAACUGAGGAAAAUUAUAGAUAUGGCCCCAGUAACAAUUACAGAUCAGACUCCCAUGGAGAUGGUUGUAGAAAUGUUCAGAAAACUUGGACUCAGACAAACUCUGGUCACACAUAAAGGGAGAUUACUUGGAAUUAUAACAAAGAAAGAUGUUCUACGCCACAUUGCUCAUUUAGAGAAUCAGGACCCAGAGUCUAUCCUCUUUAAUUAGUUCAUUUAAUCAGGACCCUGAGUCUAUCCUUUUUUAAUUAGUUCAUUCCUUGUUAUUGCCUCGUAGCAGAUAAAUUAUCUGUAUUCCAAUAAGUGACAAAUAUGUUAUUGUUCAAAGAGUGUGAUGGAUUAGUCUCAAACAUGUUCCAAGGUGUCUGUGAGUAUGACUGUGUUUAUCGUACAUUUAGUAUUGUGCUAUCAUGUUGUUGAUUGUACAUUUCACUUGUGCAUUGUGUGCAAUUCUGUAUAAAUUGAUAAACAUAUGACAUAAUGAUUGUGUAUUUAGUAUAUUUAUUUAUAUUAUGAACUAGAAUGUGAUACUUUACUAUUAAGCAUUUUUUCAUUUCAUUGUAAAUCGCUCAGAGAGUGAAUGGUUUUGUUGAAUAUUUAAUGCAUAAAUGUGAUGAACUGAUGGAAGGUACAGCUUCUCCCUAGAAACAAAUUGUUUUACUUUGAUUACAAUGACACUGAUGCUUUUAAACAUGAGAAAUAGUCUACAAUUAGCUAAAAUGGAUAUUAAUUUUUUAUUUAUUUUGAUCAUUCUCAUAGAAGCUGGCAAUUCAUCCAAGUUUAUGAACUGGAUGACAAGAUAAACAGUUUACCUACACUAGACCUCUAAAGCACUGUCAGAUGCUAAAAUGACUUGACUGACUAUCCUUUCUAAGAUUUUGUAUUGAUAAAGUGUUUUUCUGAUGAAAGAACGAAAUUUAAAUAUGAAUUCAUGCAAUCAAGAAAUGUACUAAUGCAUUGUAUGACAUUUGGCAAUAGAUAAUACUCUUUUAUUAUUAAUAUAUAUGUAUACUUUGUAAAUGCAUUGCAUUGUAAGAUGAUCAAAUAAAGAAGCUGUAUUAAG